ACUUUCUUUUCUGCGACGGGUUAACCCCGUCAUAAGAUGUCACGUUGAUGAUGACGAGCAACCAAUGCUGUGUGCUCGGCUGAGCGCCUGCGAUACGAUACAGCCAAUAGAAACCUCGGUCCACACCAUGACCCAUGAUAUUACUCCUAGACUUCAUUUUAGUAACUCUGGGUAUAUACUCAGUGUAAAGACUUGUUCUGAAGUGGUAAAGCUGCUGUAUAUAACAUGUAAGAGACCUACGGAUGGAGUGGAUCCUGAAGUGUGGAGUCGCGCUAGGGUCGCUGAUCGCCGGCGCGUCACUCCUACAGACAUUUUGCGCCUCACGCAGCGUCUCUUGAACAACAUAUUCCUCUGCUAAGCAUAUUCGACAUGGGCAAAGGAACCGACAAGCUAUACAUCACCCACUCCGAGUGGUCCUCUUCGGAUGCGUUCGGUAAUGCGCGCGGUGCAAACAGCGCAAAUCGAGCCUCCGCUGCCGGCCUAUCCUCGACCUUCAGGCGCCUACCCUUCAACUACUGCGCCGUCUCGCUCCAGCCCUUUACAGAUCCCGUAUGCACAUCAUCGGGCACCAUCUUCGAUCUCACCCACAUCCUUACAUGGCUAUCGAAACACCCCGACACGAAUCCCGUCGACGGAACGCCAUUGAAGCGUGCCGACCUCAUCACGCUUAACUUUACCAAGAACGAGGACGGCGAAUACGUUGAUCCGGUCACAUACAAGGUCUUCACAGACAACACCCACAUCGUUGCGCUGAGGAAGAGCGGCAAUGUCUUCGCAUGGGACACGGUUGAGAGACUGAACAUCAAGGCGAAGAAUUGGCAGGAUCUGGUCAGCGACGACCCAUUUACACGGAAGGACAUCAUCACGCUUCAGGACCCUCAGAGCAUUGAGUCAAGAGACUUCAGCUCAUACAAGCAUGUGAAGGACGGAGACACAGUGGUGGCAGAGGCGGAGACUGGUGUGAAUAAAGAGGCGCUAGGCAACGCCGCGAAGAUUCUCAAGGCGAAAGAAGCAGUUGCGAAGGCGCGCGAGAACAGGAAGAUCAAGGAGCAAAGCGGAAUCACAUCGAAAGCGCUCGCCAACCUACCGAGGAACGGCACAGUAGCAUCGACAUCCACCGAACCCAAGAAACCAGCAUACAAUGCCGCUGUAUAUACCUCUGGUAAAGCGGCUGCGUCCUUUACCUCGACCGGUGUCACACCGCAUACCUCCGGCGAACGCGCCCUCCUGUCAGACGAAGAUUAUAUGCUCAAGCCGAAGCGAAUCAAGAACAAGGGAUAUGCACGCAUCUCCACCUCACUCGGCGACCUGAACGUCGAACUCCUCCCCGAAUACGCACCGCGCGCAGUAUGGAACUUUGUCAAGCUGGCACAGAAAGGAUACUACAGCCACACAAUCUUCCACAGGAACAUCAAAGGCUUCAUGAUACAAGGUGGUGAUCCAACAGGCACCGGAAGAGGCGGGCAAAGCAUAUGGGGCAAGCCGUUCGAAGAUGAAUUCGAGGGUCCGGAGAGGCACAACGCCAGAGGCGUACUUAGUAUGGCGAACAAGGGCAAGGGCACCAACACGAGCCAGUUCUUCAUCACGUACCGCGCCGUGCCGCAUCUCGACCGCAAACACACGAUUUUCGCACGAGUAGUUGGUGGUUUAGAUACCACACUACGAUCUAUGGAGGUCGCAGAAGUAGGCGAGAAGGAUAAGCCUGUCGAUGACAUCGAGAUACUAGACGUAGUAGUCUUUGUCGACCCGUUCGAAGAAUGGCAGAAGGAGCGCAAAGACAAGGAGAACAAAGACCUGGAGGCUGAGGAGAUUAAGCGGCAAGGCGGCACAGCAGAUGACAAGACAACAUGGACAGGCAAGCGCAUACGCGCAGAUGGUACUGUGGAAAACGGCACCGGUGAGGGUCUCGGCGUAGGCAAGUAUCUUCAAGCCGCGAAACAAGAGAUACAAAAUCAGGGUGACGAUGAGAUAGUCGGAUAUGUGGAUGACGAAGAGGAUGUUGCGCCCGUCAAGAAGAAAGCUAAGACUGGAGGUUUUGGCAACUUUGACGCCUGGUAAGGUGUUCAAUGAGUCCCGAAUGGAGGUUAGACAGCAUUAAAAUGAUACCCCAACACGUUUUACCUUGCACA